AUGGGUGGAUCGUACAACAAUAUUGGCAUUGUUCAUCAUUGUCUCGGUCAUUAUGGUCUCGCAUUGAAUCAUUACAAUCGAUCACUUAAAAUCAGAUUGAAGUCACUUCCUGGUCAACAUUCCGAUAUUGCAAUGGCCUACAGAAACAUGGGUCCUGUGUAUGAAUACAGGGAUGAAUUAGAACAGGCAUUGAUAUAUAUGAAGAAGGCUCAGACAAUCUAUGAAGUAGCAUUGCCGUUUAAUUAUCCUAACGUAGUAAAUAUAAAGGAUGAUGUUAAAAGAGUAGAAGAUAAAUUAAAAAUGAAGAAAAAGAAUUAA